AUGAAUAAAUUAAACCAUGACGGCCUGCUUGUUCUCGAACAACCGUUUGUAAAGGUUCCUCUCGAACAGCUCAAGAAAUCAGCACGCACAGCACAAAAACAACUCGACAAAGAUUUGUCGUAUGUCUCUCAAGCAGUAACUGAACUUGCUAAUAAGUGCGACAACGAACAAAUUGACCCGGCAAGAGCUUCAAUGACAUUAGAAAACAUGGUUGGGAGAUUACAGAAUCUGAAACGGAAG